GCUUCGCUUAAUUUCAUAAUACAUCUAAAAACCAGAUUCCUCGGUGUUCGAACUUUUUCUGCGAAACUGUUUCCUGAUAUAAACGUGUACUGUAAAAAUCCUUGUAUAAAUUCAAGAAGAAAUGGAUUGCAAGAAAUGUAUGGUAUUGAUAAUAAAGAUUAGCAUAGUUGCUGUUGUAAUGGGAGAUAACUCCAGCAAUGAAGGGUUACAAAAGCAAGUGAUUAUUGUUGGAGGUGGUAUCGCUGGUCUUGCUGCCGCUAGGAAGUUACAAAAUACGGGUCAGUAUGCUGUCAAUGUCUUAGAGGCCAGGAGGGAGAGGUAUGGAGGCAGGAUUUUUACUGAUCGUUCAUCAUUUAAAUUGGCAAGAGGAAUGGAAGUAGAUUUAGGUGCUAACUGGUUGAACUCCAUGGUAAAAGACAACCCAUUGGCCAAGAUAGUAUCUGACGGGGAACUAGAAGUUAAAUCCGCAGGAAGUGUCCAACUCCACUUUCCAGAGAAGGGACAAGUUUAUACAGGGGAUGAUGCCAACAAAAUAUUUACAGAAUUUUAUAAAAUAACUCUGCAAGCCUUGAAAAAAGCAGCAGACAGCGGAAAAGACCUGGAUUUAAAGAAAGCCAUACAAAGUGUUUUACGAGAUGAAGAGACGGUUGCUGACAAAACUUUGCUGUCGUCUGUAUUGGAAUCACAUUACACAAUGUCUCUAUCUGGUCACUCCACACAACUGUUCGAUCCUAAAAAAGAAUUUGGUUGGGAUACAGGUGUUAUUGAUGGCUUUGAUCAGAUUGUUGACAUCCUUGUAGGAGGACAAAGAAAGGAGAGUACAGUAUCUGUAGAGCUAAGGAAACCAGUGAGACAGAUAGAGGUGAACAAGACAAGGAACAAAGUUUUGGUAAGAACCAGAGAUCUGAAACAGUAUGAGGCUGAUGCUGUGGUGGUUGCCCUACCUUUAGGAGUAUUGAAGACAGAAACAGUAAUAUUUGAUCCUCCCUUACCUAAAGGAUGGAAGAAAACUAUAGAAAGUAUCGGAAUUGGAUUUAGUAAUAAACUAGUCUUACAGUUCAACAAAGUAUUUUGGCCAGAAGAUAUAGGUAUAUUUACCAUGGUAACCAGUUACCAGGACGACAUGGGCAUGCUUCAAACUUGGGUCAAUUUACAUCGCUAUGUCAACAAACCAUUACUGAUGGGCAUGUUACAUGAUAAAGCUGCUGUCAGGUUUGAAAAUAUGACAGACAAUGAAAUCAAAGAAAAUGCGAUAAAUAUUUUAACAAAAUUAUUUGGUGAAGAAAAAAUGAAAGAUAUCACAAUUACCAUUGUAACAAAAUCAAAGUGGAUAUCAGACAACAAAGUGUUGGGAACUACUUCAUAUCCUAAAGUUGGUAUUUUACCAGAAAUGUUUGAUUCAUUAACAAAACCUGUAUGUCCUUAUAUUUAUUUUGCCGGUGAAUAUACAUCAUUAGAACACAUGAACACAGCUCACGGAGCUUAUUUGUCUGGUAUAAGAGCUGCAGACCAAAUCAUUUCUAAUUAUUGUGCAAAGGAACUGUCAAAAGGAAAGAAAAGAGAGACCAGUAAAGAAAAAACAAAGAAAGAUAAAAAAUCUGAAAAGAAAAAAGAAAAUCAGAAUGGUGAUAAAUUAAAGGAUGAGCUGUGAUCUUAAUUGUAAAUUGUUGGGAUUUUUUUUAGAUGAAUUAUUAUUUCUUAGGUUGUUGGAGGGACUUGUUCUCAUGUUAUGUGGUUUUUAUGAUGGUAAAAUGUAACAAUAAAAGAUGAGGCCAAGCAUUUGUGUUUAUAUGGUUUCCUGUCUGAUAUCUGAGCUUUUAUGAAACUUUCUCAGCUGUUUUUUUAACAACAUCAGUUGGCUAAAUGUUACUCAAACAGUUGGGGUUGCAAUUCAUAAGUUUACAAUUAAUCCCUUAGUCAAAACUCACAAAUUUUCAUCCAAAAGGGGUGCAUUGUGGUAAACUUUGCCAUCCAUAAUGUAAAUUUCAACUUUUUGUUAAAAGUUUGAAUUUGUAAACGUUAAAAUUUAAAUGUUUUUUCCUGGAAAUUUUCUGUCGUUUGACUGUGAUAUCAUAAAAAGUAUUACAAAUCUAAGAAUAAUUUGUCAACUGCUAAAGCAGAUCUGUAGGCUUAAAUUAUUCAUUAAAAGGAAAAUACAUAAAGAGUUGUGUUUCAUUUGGCAUUCAUAUAUUUAAGGUGUUUACAACAGAUAAAUGUUUAUAUUAGACUUGUCCUGAGAACAAAAUAUCCUAUUGACUUUCUACAAAUUAGAACAUUAUUGGGGGUCUGGGUGAAAUUUACAGAAUAGAGAAUAAUACGCCAAGAAAAUAAAGAAAAGAGAAUAAUGGGGUGCUGAAAUAUAAAGAAUAGUGAAUAAUGGGCAAAAGAGUAAAAUGGCAGAAAAAAAUAAAGAUACAAUGACUUUCCUUUCCUUUAUGUAUUAUUAUUACAUUGGUUGCAAUGAAUUACCGUGAUUUCCCAGUUAAAUAUAAACCGAUAAUUUCGCUCCUCUGACAUCAUACAACAUCAGGAAUUGUCAAGACAUUGUCGAUGACAUUACAUCAAAACAAAUUGUGAACUUUAUUUCCAUUAAAAAGCCCAUUGUCAAUGUAAUAAAAAGAAUGACUGCACAACACUGAUAAUUAACUCAUGCGCUAUGCACAUUCGUGAAUGAAUGUGUUGUUGUUCACUUUUUGAAUAUUUUUCUAUAUUUGAAAUCUGCGAUUAGUUUUUCUAUAAAUAAUACAUCAGCAGAAUUCUAUCCAGAUGACAAAACAAACCAAGAUAUUACUACUGUAAAUUCCGAAAUUAUUGUGGGCAUUUAUUAUUGGGAUUUUGACCUGACCAACUAAAAGUUGAGAUAAAUUAUUGCGUUUUAAGGAAAAGUUGCAUACAUAACUAUACAUGUCAGAUAUCAGAAUGUGUGGUCUUAUUAUUGCCAUAAUAAGCCAGCUGCAUUAUUCGUUCUAAUAAAAAAAAAACUUGCAAUAAUUUCUGAAUUGACAAUAUUUGAUGAAACACACUUAAUGCAAACACAAUUUAAAUCAAAGAUGAUAUGUGAGUAAUAGUUUAUCCUAACAUGAUUAAUAUGUAGUAUCUAUUGGAAACAUUUUCAUGGAGACACUGUCUGACAGUAUAUCAUUUUGGGAUCAUUAUAAAUACAAUUGACCUGUUCAUAAUGGAAGAAUUCAUACAAAUGUUUUUAUGUCUUUUUUUUUUCAUGUGACACAAGGUUAUAGCUUGUCUUUUUUUUUUUAUAGUAACUGAUAUAACAAUUAUUGAAGUUCUAUUGUGAACACAUGUGAAAAAUAAAACAAGUAGCACAGUUGGUUAAUGUAUUUAAAAAAUACAAGUAGAACAAACACAUGUGAUAAUGAAUUUGAACAGGUGCUACAAACAGGUUUUGUUGUCAACAGAUGUAGUACAUCAGUUAGUGUAUUUGAGCAUAGUACAUCAGUUAGUGUAUUUGAGCAUGCAUAGUUGGAAAUUCUGUAUUUUUUAAUACUAUGUUUUUUUGUCUUGCCUGCGUAGAAAGUCGCUGAAAGCGAGACAUAGGGAUUGCUUUUCUGGUGACGACGGCAUCAACAAUUGUUUUCUGCUUAAGCUAGUUUGAAAGGAAUUACUUGUGAUAGAUCAGUGAUAUUUUGUAUAAAUUUGCAUUACUAUCAGUACAUAUCAGUUUGAUGACUAUUUUUAGGCCCUGCUCCCUAAGUUUAGUGACUUUGAAUUAAUUAGCAAUUUUAAAUGUUAAGUUUUCUGCUUAAGCUAGUUUGAUAGGAACUACUUACAAUAGACAACAAUAUUUUCUAUAAAGCUACAUUGCCAUCUACAUCUCAGUUUGUCAACCAUUUCGAGGCCCUGCUCACUAGUUAAUUGUCGAGCGACUUUAAAUUAAUUAGCUAUGUUGCUGUCUAUCAGAUUGUCUUUUUUCUGAAUUUUAUGCGGGCAGGCGAGACAUCUCUGUGUCAACAGUUGAUUAUUCAUUGGAUACCAAUUUUUGUAAAGGAAGUACAAAUUUUCUAUAGGCAUGGGGAAUCGGCAAAAAUCGCAUAAUCAAAUAUCAACGAAAAUUAGGGUCGAUGGAAAUUAAAGAACCCACAGUCAUGACAGUAUAAUGUUUUUAAAUUUUUCAAUGGAUUUUCAUAAAAGAAUGCUUAAUACACUGUUGAUAUUUAACUUAUAUACCCAAAAACUGUUUAUACCGUAUUACUAAAUAUUUAUGCAAUAGGUUGUGAAAAUGCAGCAUUACCAUGUAAAGACUAAGGUGCUUUGUUGUUGUUUUUUGUUGUAAUUUUCUUUUACCAGUUGUGUUCAUAUCAUUAUGUAUAUGAAAGCCAUAUUCAAAUUUAUUUUUGUAUUGGUUGGUGAGCUAGCAUUGUCAUAACAUUGUCCUCAGUAAUCUUUUAAGUUUAAAUUUAGGUGAUUGAAAUAAGGGAGCUACCAUUUGAUUUUUAGGGGGGGGGGGGGGGGGGGGGGGGGGCUAGGAUGAAAUUUGAAAAAAAUAGGCAGGACAGGAGUUUUGAGUAAAAAAAAAUUCAGGAUGAGCAACUUGGUAAAAAAAAAAGGCAGGAUGACAAUUUGUGUAAAAAAAUUCAGGAUAAACUAGUAAAAAAAAGGCAGGACCGAAUAGAGUAAAAAAUAAAAAAGCAGGACAGAGAUUACAACUAAAAAAAAAAAGCAGGACAAAAUUUUUCAUCCUAGCCCCCCCAUAAAAAUUAAAUGGUAGCUCCCUAACAGUAAAAUUUUAUUCUGAUUUUAAUGCAUGCAUUUAUUAUUUCAAAUCUCCGACAACUGACAAGAAUGUUAGACUUUGGUUAGUGCAAUUCCUGUAUAAAUUUUAUUGCAAUAUUGCAAUUAGAAAUUAAAAUAUGGGUUUUAAUUAUUGCCAAAUUCAUCUUAUCACAUUUUUGCUGUUAGUUAAAACAUUGGAUUAAGGAUGUUAGCUGGUCAUGUUGGCCGUUGUGUUUCUGGUAUUUGGAACUCCUCUGGAUUUUACUAUGUAAUAGUAUCUGAAAAUUUAAGAAAAAAACCCACUUUUCAUUAAUUAGUUUAGUUAAAACACAUUUUAAGCUACACCCUUGAAAAAUUUGAAAUCCUUAUUAUUUCUAAAACGAUUUUAACAAUGAAAAUAUCUCAUUUCAAUAUAUAUGAAAAAUCUUGAUAAUUUUAGAUUAUUCAUGUUUUUUUUAAACAUGUUUCUGUUUUUUCAUCCUUAUGGAAAGGUGACAGCUUUGAGAUGAGAUUAGGACAAGAAAAAAUAUGGGGUAUCAAAAAAUAUAAAUAAUCUGUUUAUUGCUAUUUUCCUAUUUCCCAGGCAACAUCAAUGACAUAUAUUUUAUAUCAUUGCAAUCUCUUUCUACUCAGGCAAAUUUUGCUCACAUGAAAUUCACCUCAAACAAGCUAAUAUGAGAAACUCAUGUGAAUUUCACAUGAAUGGAGAUUUACAUGAAACUCACAUGAAAAAUUUAUCAUGAUUUUUACCAAAAACCUUCAGAGGAUAGUUUUUAGAAAAAAGCAAUAACACCAGUUUCCCCUCUAAACUGUUCAAUGUCUAUACCUCAAAAAUAAUUGUGCAGAAAUAUAUUUUUUUCAGCUGAGUAUUACUUCUUGGAAAAUGUCUUGGCUGUUUAUAACAAAACUAAACAAAUAUUUUGGUAUCUUGUUAAUUUGAAGCUCACAGCAAACUCAAUAUCUGGUUUAACAGUACCUUGUAAAAGAGGUAUAUUAAAAUUUUGUUAUUUUCUAGUUUUACAUAUUCAAUUGGUGUAAUCCUCAGGGUUUUUUGUUAUAUAGGUUUUUUUUUAACAUAUUUUGUUAAUACUAGACACAAAUUGAUCAAACUUAUAAAGUCUUCUCCCAAAAUUUUAUCUUUAUCAUGGGAUAUUGAAUAGAUUCACCUUGUGUGUCGCAACAUGAUGUUAUGUCUAAUGGUAUGUUGAUACAUUUAAACAUAUUGAAAUAAAUAACAGUAUUCAUCAACAUAUUUAAAUUUACAGAAAAGAAAUACAAACAACUUUAGUAUUUCUCUAAAAACAAACUCAAGUUAAAUUUUGAACAAAUUUUAUUUAUUUUUCUAUAUUAAUCUUAUCUAUUUAUAACAUUUUACUUUCACUUCUCAUUGUUUCUCUCAUCUGGACAACACACAUUGUGACAUCUGAUUUAAUGUACCACUUUUAAUACUUCAGUAAUUAAUUUCUGUAUGUAAAUUGUCCUGAUGAUGUCUGCCUGGCAGGCAGAACAUGUCCACCAGCUUAAUAUUGCAGACUCUUUGAAGUGUUGUUGUCAAUUUUAAUUAUUUUAAUUUUAUUAUUUGUAAUAUAAAAAAAAUAGAAAAGAAAAUCAACGGAAAUAUGUAACCAAGGAAUUAAAAGAAUUGCUAUUGAAAAUUAAAUUGUUUUAGAAUACAGGAGGUUGUGGAUGGGGGUUUACAGAAUAGAAAAUAAUGGGAAAAAAAUAAAAGAAUAGAGAAAUAUGGACAAAAAAAAUAAAGAAUAGAGAAUAAUGAGAUUCUAAAAUAUAAAGAAUAGAGAAUAAUGGGCACAAUGUAUAAAGAAAGAGAAACAUGGCGUAAAAAAUUAAAGAAUACUGAAAUGAAGAACACCUAUCCAGACCCUCACACAGAUAGUUCAUAUAAAAUUAUAUAUGCAGGUAUCAAGAUUAAAUAAAUACUUUGUCCAAAUGAUUAUAUAUUGUGCCAUGUAUAGAUAGAAAGAUAAUAUAUGAUUAUUUAUAAUGUGUUUUUUUUUUCUCACUAAAUUUUCCUCUGAAUUUUGGAUUCUGAAAUAGUACUAGGACCCUUAAGUUGCUUCCGUGGGCAACUUAGACACAAAAUUGAUUUAUUUAAAGUUAAGAUUUUUUUUUCCUUUGACAAAAUCAAUUUUGUUAUAUAUUAUAUAAUUGGAUUUGAGUGUUAUUUUACUUUUCUUUAUAAUAUAUAUAUGUUUGAAACAUGCACAUGUACUUUUUUUAUAAUAAGCUUACAACAGGAACAGCUGUGUCAUAAUUUAAAAUAAAAAAAUCAUUACCACAAAAAAUUUAAA